AAGCCAAAACACCGCAAUUUGGGUGUAGCUAAAGCCACAUGCUCAUGACCCGGCAGCCGCCGUUCUGCAUGAUGCCCUUCCGUUUCCUACGGAAUCAUCAGCAGCCAUGGCAUCAGAAGUCUCAACAGCCAUCCUGAUGGCACAGGAUUUGUUGUCAACGGCAUCAGCAGCCAUGAGCUCCACCACAACUCUGGUUAUCAUGCCUCCCCAGGAGAGCUCCAGUUGGCUCGGGCUUGUGGGAAAGCUAGUGUUUGGUAUUAUCAACUUAGUAUCCUUUUUACUCUAUUGGGCUAUUCGCUUUGUCACCAUUACGAUCCCAAGCGUCCUCUUUGCUCUUUUGUCUGCGAGCUGGACGGUGACUAUGAACGCCACCACCUUAGCUUUUAUUCUCGUGAUGAUUGCGUCUGCAGCCAGCUGGGUUGUUCGUUACCGAAUUCUCAAUAUGUACUCCCGGCUGCCGCCUGAACCGCAGCGGAAAGAACCUGAGAUCGAUCUCUUCCCCGAUACCCAUGAUGAGGGAAUGAAGGCUCGCUUCACCAACUACUUGGAUGAAUUUCUCAGUGCCAUCAAGAUUUUUGGCUACUUGGAGCGACCGGUUUUUCAUGAGUUGACUCGGAGCAUGCAAACGAGAAAGCUCAUCGCCGGAGAAACGAUCAACCUGGAAGAAGAGAAAGGCUUCUGUAUCGUUGUUGAUGGACUCGUACAGAUCUUUGUUAAAUCUGGUAGAAAUACUAGAGGACAUAAUGCCGAUGAUUCCGCUUUGGAAACCUCGGAUGACGAAGAAGAGCUCGCUCGUGGCCACCAGAAAUAUCAUCUUCUAACCGAAGUUCGUAACGGUGCGCCGAUGUCAUCCAUGUUUUCCAUCAUGUCACUCUUCACGGAAGAUGUGAAGCUCGUUGAAGAAGACAAACACAGCCGACCGUCCAAGGACGAUCGCCACGGACAGGACAUGAUGACACCAAGAACUCCUCCCCAUGUUCCAUCGUCUAUGCCCAAUUCGCCACAGCUUGAUGGUAACAUUCAGCACCCACUUAUGAACAGUCAAGAGCGAGCCCGACUUCCAUCAUUCAACGGCCUAGCAGCCGCAGCAAGAAUACCCCCAAUGUCUCUGGAUGGUUCUGCUGUUCCCACACCUCAACGACCUCUCCUAUCGCGGCGUAUGUCAGCUUCAGCCCAUCCUGACAUUAUCGCUCGUGCUACGGUGGACACCACAAUUGCAAUUAUUCCAGCUAGUGCCUUUCGACGAUUGAUCAAGAUAUACCCGAAAGCUACUGCGCAUAUUGUUCACGUCAUUCUGUCAAGAUUCCAACGGGUUACGCUCUCACAUGCUUUCAAUUACUUGGGGUUGACGACGGAGGUUCUACAAGCCGAGAAGAAUAUUCUUAAAUUUACUUCAUGCCAGCUACCGAAUAUGCUGCGUGGUGACGCUUUGGCGCGAUUAAAGGAAAAAUUCAAGCUAGAACGCGAUCGACACGAUGAGGAUCAAACCAAGGGGAUUGCACUGCAUAACGCCGCCCCAACUAGACGUCGACGAUCAAGCACAGGACUCCGCAAGGAAGCGGCAUUCCAAGCCCUGUCUAAACAACGCCCAUCUUCAAUGGCUUUUGAUAAUGACCACAUUGUUAAAGGCGGGGUUUCGGCUGAUGUAUUGGCCAGUGUUCAACAUGCCCGGAACAACAGUCGUCGAUCACCGGGUCUAUCGCCUCUACAGGCUCGCAAUGGCCCGCUGUUAAGUCCUCUAGAACAAAGAUCGUUUAACCCAUUUGAUUCGAAUAGACGGACUCGAGCUUCAAUCGAUAAUCGGGACACUGGUGACGAAGGAAACCUCUUCCGUGAAUCUAUCCUGGAAUGCAUGUUCAAGGUUCUUGGUUUGGACUCUGGCGGAACAUCGUCACGUGAGUCGAUCGAAGCCUCACCUCGUCUUAUUUCCAUGGACCAGCGCCGAUCAAAGGCUGUAUUCUCAAAUAAUGCUUUUGGGCUUAUGGGCCCGAUUGACAGCCCAUUUGAUGGGGAGACUGAGUCUGUUACCUCAAGCGGCUUUGCGCAUGUUCCCAUGAAUGCGCAGGCCCUUGCUCAAGAAAUGAAAAACGACGUGGAGAUUGUUUUCUUCCCAAAGGGCUCCGUCCUUGUAGAACAAGGCGAGCGAAGCCCCGGUCUUUAUUAUGUUGUCGACGGCUUUCUUGAAAUCGGUACCGCCAAUGACGAGGUCUCUCAAGAUCUUUGGCAACGCAACAAGCCAGAUGGCUUGCCAUCUCGCAAGUCGUUCGGCCCAGAGCUCUUUGCAAAUAAUAUUUCACAAGCCAGUCAUGACCGUGACGAUGCGCAGCGACGGGAGUGUCUUGGACGCAAGACCCUCGCACUUGUGAAGCCAGGCGGUUUAGCCGGCUACGUGGGUAGCGUUUCAUCUUACCGGUCAUUUAUAGAUGUCGUUGCUAAAACCGAUGUCUACGUUGGAUUCUUACCACGGCCCUCCCUAGAGAGAAUUGUCGACCGAUAUCCAAUCGUGCUUCUCACUAUGGCAAAGAGGCUGACAAACAUAUUGCCUCGUCUCCUAAUGCACAUCGACUUUGCGUUAGAGUGGGUUCAGGUCAAUGCCGGCCAGGUCAUCUUCCAUGAUAAAGAUGACAGCGAUGCUAUCUAUAUCGUACUGAAUGGCCGUCUUCGACUUAUCGCAGACAAAAAGGAUGGUGGAGUGGUGGCUCGCGCCGAGUUUGGUCAAGGUGAAAGCGUUGGCGAGCUAGAGGUUCUCACAGAAACUGCCUAUAACGGCACAUUGCAUGCUAUCCGUGAUACGGAGCUUGUCAAAUUCCCUCGCACCCUUUUCAACAGCCUGGCGCAAGAACACCCGAAGAUUACAAUCAAGGUGUCAAAAAUCAUCGCAUCUCAAAUGCGAGCUGUUGUCGACAACCCAAUGAACUAUGUUGGACGUGAGCUAGGCCCCGACGGCUUGAGUAGCCAGGGCAAAUCGACGUUCAACCUGCGGACUGUCGCCAUCCUCCCAGUCACCGCAGGCGUUCCAGUUGUUGAGUUUGGAAACCGCCUUAUGAAUGCUCUUGCGCAAGUCGGGCCUACAAAUGGUGCGACUUCCCUCAAUCAAGCUGGAAUUUUGAACCACUUGGGCAAACACGCCUUCAACAAGAUUGGCAAGUUGCGCCUGUCGCAGUAUCUUGCUGAUCUGGAAGAGAAAUACGGUCUGGUUAUUUACGUUGCUGAUACCAACGUUAAUUCGCCCUGGACACAGACGUGUAUUACACAAGCCGAUAGCAUUUUGCUCGUUGGGCUUGCAGACAGUUCACCAGAAAUUGGCGAAUAUGAACGAUUCCUACUUGGAAUGAAAUCCACGGCUCACAAGACGCUAGUUCUGCUUCAUAGAGAGCGAUUCUCCAGGCCAGGACUAACAAGAGCUUGGCUCCGGAAUCGAAUGUGGAUCAAUGGUGGGCAUUUCCAUAUUCAGAUGGCUUUCUCUACGAACCCGAUGCCUACUCAUCAUCAAACAAAGAACUUGGGGCAAGCACUGAAAGCAAGCGUUCAAGUCUUGCAAGCAGAAAUACAGCGCUAUACCUCGCGUAAGGUACAUCACAAGCCUGUCUAUUCUCCUGAGACGCCGAUGAAAAGCGAUUUCCAUCGUCUCGCUAGGCGAUUGUGUGGUAAAUCUGUUGGGUUGGUACUCGGAGGAGGUGGCGCCAGAGGCAUGGCGCAAAUUGGAAUCAUUAGAGCCAUUGAAGAGGCUGGAAUCCCUAUUGAUAUUGUAGGUGGAACGUCUAUUGGAGCAUUCGUUGGCGCGCUCUACGCUAGGCACGCAGACGUUGUGCCAAUGUUUGGCUUCAUGAAGAAGUUUGCCGGCCGAAUGGCAAGUCUCUGGCGAUUUGCGUUGGACUUGACAUAUCCGUCUGCAUCAUACACAACCGGCCACGAAUUUAACCGUGGUAUCUUCAAAAUCUUUGGAAAUACGCAAAUCGAGGAUUUCUGGCUUGAGUAUUAUUGCAACACGACAAACAUUAGCAAGGCCCGCGCCGAGUUCCACACUAGUGGCUAUGCAUGGCGCUAUAUUCGUGCCUCGAUGUCACUAGCUGGCUUGCUGCCGCCCCUUUGUGAUGAGGGGAGCAUGCUGCUGGAUGGCGGAUACGUCGACAAUUUGACAGUGUCACACAUGCGAAGCUUGGGCGUGGACACAAUUUUCGCCGUGGAUGUUGGUGCCCUCGAUGACGACACACCGCAGACAUAUGGAGACUCGCUCUCUGGCAUGUGGGCAUUCUUCAACCGAUGGAACCCCCUAUCCUCUCAUCCCAAUCCGCCCACCUUGGCCGAAAUCCAAGGUAGACUGGCGUAUGUAUCUAGUGUCGACGCUCUGGAGCAAGCCAAGGCUAUGGAUGGGUGUAUUUACAUGCGGCCACCAGUUGAUGCUAUUGGAACUCUGGACUUUGCCAAGUUUGACGACGUCUGCCAGAUGGGAUACGAGUUUGGAAAGGAAUUCAUGCAGAAGCUUCAAGCGGAUGGCAAGUUGCCAUUUGUCGAGGAGACGGAAGCGAAGAAGGCCAUGAGGCGAACUACAGCGCCUCGUCGAGCCAGUAUUUAAAUUGAUUGAAUAUUAUCCAUUAAUUGAAGAUAUAUACAUUUUACGAACUUGUCAUUUACUUGGUGCCAUUUGUCUUUGCUGUGACUAGUGGAGUGGCAUCACGAACCAGCAAAUCGAACAACUGCUGCAUGUGCUGUUCUUGUGUGCUUGGUGUUGAUGUUGUGACUCGGAUGGCAAAUUUGCCGUUAACCUUUGUGCUUGUCCAGUAGAACUCUCCAUCCUUGUUAACCUUAAGGUAGAGGGCCUCUGUAGCAGCAUUGAUCUGCUCCUCCGUCUCACCUUGCAAUCUGAAGGUGACGAGGCCAAAGAUGGCCUUUGUGAAGAUGGUGAAGAGAUCAGGUCGUGAUCGAAGCUUAGUUUCCAGGCUCUCAGCGAGCGCUACGCCGCUGCGGAUAUGUGCCUGCAGGCCGCUGAUACCGUAGCUGCGCAUGACAAACCACAGCUUGAGGGAGCGGAAGCGGCGGCCGAGAGGAAUCUGCCAGUCACGGUAGUCAAUGACCUUGCCAUCAUCACUGUAGUUGUUCUUGAGAACGUGGAGGUUGAUGCCGAGGGCAUCGACGAACCACUUGCGGUUCUUGAUCCAGACCGCCGAGCAGUCAAACGUGGUCAGCAUCCACUUGUGCGGGUUGAAGUUGAACGAGUGGAAGUGCUCAAAAGCCUUUGUGUAGUGCUGGUUCUCCUCGAGCAGCAGCGCAGAGCCGGCGUACGCAGCGUCCACAUGCACCCAGAUCUCGCCAGUCUUGCCGCCGUUGGCACGCUCUCGCAGCGUGUUGGCAAUGCCUUCAAAGUCGUCAAUAGCGCAGACGUCGGUGGUGCCCAGCGUGGCAGUCACAUAGAAGGGGUAUAGACCACGAGCCUUGAGUGCGUCGACCUUGGCAAUGAGAGCCUCGCCUGUCAGGCCGUAGCCAGCUUCCACGUCAAUGGGGAUGGUGUCAAAGCGGACGCCAAUAACUUGCGCAGCCUUCUGCGUGCUCGAGUGUGUUCCGGCGCUGCCGAGGGCAACCAUCUUGCUGCGAAUGCGCCAGAGCUCCUCUUCUUUUUCCUCGCCCUCGGGCAUGUCUGCGAGCAUCUCAUUGGUGAACUUGUCGCGGGCAGCAACCAUGCAGGUGAGGAUGGCUUCGCUGGCGCUGCCGUGUAGGACACCGCCGCCUCGUGUUGGGCCGUAGCUGAGAUAGCAUUUGGGUAGGGCAAUAGCCUUGGCCAGCCAGUCCAUGACAAUGGUCUCGAGCUCGGUGACGGCGGGGCUGCAGAUCCAGUUGAAGUGGGCGCCGUUGAAGGCAUUCGAGUACAUCUCGGCAAUGUUGGCGGGGAAGCUGUUGCUGCAGGUGAAGAAGGCCAGGAAGCGCGGGUUGCGCCAGUGGGUUAGACCAGGCAUGAUCUUGUCUUUGAUAUCGGCUCGGAUAUUGUCGAACGGCUCGCCUUCGACGGGAGCAGCGUCGGGGAGUAAUUCGCGCAGGUAGCCGGGCUCGACAUUGGAAACAACUCGGAGGUCGGAUAUGUUGUCGUGGUAAUCGGCAACUGCGAGCACGAGUUAGAGACCUGUAGAAACACAGUAACCGGCGUGGGAGACAAGCUCACGUUCGUCAAUGACUGACUUGGCAGUCUCUCUAUAUUCUUUUGAAUCCAUUGCGGUCUAUAUGUAAUCAGUUACAAGCUCCAGAAACACAAAAUGUAAAAAAGUCGGCGGGUGCGAGGAAUAAGAAAUAGCCCCCCGUCACAACCUUGGUGGGGGUGUGCCCGCUACCGGGCGGAAAAGUCGCCGUCAAGCUUCCGGCCCCGGAAUCACUAUUCCGACCUACGACUUGUACGAGUAGCCAGAACAAAACAGCUUCAUAUGACGCGAUACAUGAAUGGAGAUGAUAUGCAGACUGGGGUAGAAAAAAGCGGAGAGAUUUGAAAUCCAAUUGUUAAAGUACAUCCUACAUAAGCAACUCGGACGCAAGCCACCAAACGCCGAUAACCUUCAAGAUCGUAACUACCUACUGGCAAUCCAAACGCCAGUCGCUAUCCUGAUUUAAUUCAUAUGCACAGUUACGCCUUUUUAAUCAAUUUUAAUAGCACUAAAUAUCAAUCAUUAGCCAUCAACCCUCACCGUAUUUUUGUUGUUCACCGCCACGUACCUGUAGAUUCGGCGCACAAAUGCGUACGCCGUCAAGAAGCCCACAGUGCCCGUCAGCAAGCCGUAGACACAGCAAGCCAUGAAGCUGUACAUUAUGAAAAGCAUGCUGCUCACUAUUCCUGUAAUGUGCAACUUAAAGGUAAAGUACCACAUGGAAUAGGCAAACACCCACAGCGCACUUCCGCCACCAAUGAAGAACGACCGCCACCACCAGUUGUAGUUUUCUGUGCAGAGAUGGACAUAGAUGGUAACUACAGUGACCUCGGCCACGGUGACAAUCAAAAGCGCAAAUACAACUGCAGUAAACCCAAAUGUGUAGUAGAAUGCUGUUUUAUCCUGCCACACCGACUGAAACACAAAUGUCAGCUCUAUAAAAACGACAGCAAAGGGGAUGAGCCCAGCUAAAAGUACAGACUGUAGCGGCUUCAUGUACCAUAGCUGGGCAGGGACUUGUCGAGGGAUCGCCGUCACCUUUAUCGGAUGUUCCCAUGCUCGCGCCUUCUCGAACCCGUAGUAAGCACCAGUAUAUACGAGAGGAACCUGGAUGCAAAGCCAGAGGAAGACUAUGGCCAGAAGGGUGCCAAAGGGUAUGGCAGUACUAGAUGCCUGCGCCCAAACAAACAGGUUUAGAACAAAUACCAGUCCGAAACAAAGUCCUGGGAACAGUAGUGCUGUCACCAUGGCGUUCUUUCUAAAAUCCUUUCCAUCAAAGCUCCGGAAUACGCGCGACGAGAAGUAGCCCGCAAAGAGGCCUGCGAAGAUGAAGAGACCAAUGCCAACACUGAUGAAGCCACCGCGGAAGGUCGGGUUGAGAAGUCCAAGUGCGCUUAGCGAUACAAGGCCAACCGCCAUAAAUAAAAACUGUGUGCCAGAUCCGACGAGUGGUGCAAGUAGGAAGCCAAAUUUAGGGGUACGAAAAACGUCGCCAUGAAGUCGUUUCCAACCGGAUGCAUCCUCCAGACCCUCAUCGACCACGUCGCUGUCGCCAAAGUCAUUAACAUCUGCCUCGGUAGAUGGACCUAACAAGCCUAGUUUGUCCCUUGGUGUAGAUGUUCCUGAAUAAGAUUUUGCUUUGGUUCGAAGUUUCCCACUCUCAUUCAUUGCGUCAUUGUAAGUCUUUAUAUCCGAGUAUAUCGUCUUGGCAAAGAUUAUAAACACCAUUCCAGUCAGCAUGGCGCAUAUAAUCACAGAGUUGAUUAUAGCAAGCCAGUGGAUGCCGACACCUUCGUCUUGGUUCACAAAGUAGAGGUCCCAGCGCCGUGCCCAUUCGAUAUUAUUGUCCUCUCGAAAGUACACCGCAUACGUGUACGGUAUUUGUAAGGUCCCCUCAAACUCAAUCAUUUCAACCAGAUUGUGGCGUGCGCUGCUGGGUAACUGCUCUGACACAUUUGCGUACUUGUGCAACGGGAACCCGUCUCCAAGAGCGUUUAAAUCCGCUGGGCAGCCAUCUGGUUGUCUUGCUGCAUCAGGUGCUACGCUGCUUGGGUAUACUUCGAACCCAACGACAAUGUGCUCGCCUCUCUCGCCAGCGCCUCCUGUUGCUCGUCGGUGUCUGAUGACGAUGGUAUGGUGGUUAUAUAUGUACUGCUGCAGUCGACCUCGAGGAGAUGGCUCAGAGUAUCCCAGUUUGAAUCCAGCUGCAUAGUACUUUUGGCUCUUGUCUGAGGAUAUAAAAUUCGUCGCUCCAGGCAGGUUAUCCACGAUCCAUUCGACAACGUAAUCGUCGCGAACCAACUGUCUUGCCCGUUUGAGAUCGGCUGAUGAUAGGUUUCGAGUACACAACAAAGUGCACGGCUUAUCUUUUGCCAUGGCGAGCUCUAUAUCCGAAGCUUGGAUACGAUCACCGCGGAGCACUUCGCCCAGGUUGAGAGGGAUAUGCUUUCCACUCAGCAUUCCGCCCGCGGCCGCAAAUUGCCCCGUUGGAGGACAGACAAACGGCAGGUCGUAGUAGGCAUAUUGUAGCUCGGUGUUGUCAGAGUAGACUUUGUUGACCAAGAGAGGCACGUGUUCCGCUUCUUUGUAGCUUCGAAUAGACCAGCCUUUGAGUUGGUUAGAGAAACCAGUUUCCCU